AUGUUAUUAACUUUGCUGACGUUUGCAAUUACACGUCUAAAGCAAUUUCAAUUUUUCAACAAGAUUUUACAUGUGGAAGAGAGCUCAAGUUUGUGCAGCUUGCCUCCUGAAUGGCACGUCAAGUUAUCUUUGGAGAAGAAAAUUCGAAAAAUUUUGUUUGUCGGAGAUGUACACGGUUGCCAUGACGAAUUGAAUGAAUUACUUGAAAAGGCCGGUGUUUAUGAAAGCGAUGAUAUCAUAGUUAUAUUUGUUGGUGACGUCUGCAACAAGGGUCCAAAAAGUAUCGAAACGGUCAGACUUAUACGGCAACUGGGAUCGAUGGCUUAUUCGGUACGAGGCAAUCACGAACAGGCUGUUUUGUAUCGGUUAAAACAGUUUAACCAAAUGGCCGAAUUGCCAAAGAAUUAUUCUUGGAUUACUGAGUUGUCUCCUGAAGAGCGGUUAUUCUUUGAGCGACUUCCAUUUACAAUUUCGAUUCCUUUGUUAAACGUUAUUGUUGUUCAUGCGGGUUUAGUGCCUGGAGUAAAACUCCUAGAUCAAAAACCCCGUAGUAUGAUAAACAUGCGGAAUUAUGUACAUGAAAAAUUAUCCGGUUCUAAAAAUAUUGAUGAUGGAUUACGAUGGGGUAGCCAAUGGCCCGGACCCCAGUUUGUGAUCUUCGGACAUGAUGCACGACGCCUCCUUCAGAAAUACAGGCAUGCCAUUGGCUUGGAUACUGGGUGUUUAUAUGGUCUGAAACUUACUGGUUAUAUGUUGAAUGUUGAUGAUGAAAAUCCACUACAGAAUGGGAAAUUCAUUUCGGUUGAUGCCCAUUCGGCUUAUGCUCGGGGCUAG